UGUUGCGAAACACAGCCGCAUGGCGCCCAUUCCGCGCAGUCCGUUCCAUGAAACGCCAUCAUUUAAACAACACCACUUCUCCGCAGUCUUGUUGCCCUCCACUCAUUCACUCGUAGUCUUCAUCCACUCACUCCCAAGCUUCCGUCUUGAGGUCGUUUCCCAUUCCGUAGAAUGAAGUACCAAGUGCUUGCAACCUCUGUGUUUACUUGCUUGGCAAGCUCAUCCUCAAUUCUCCCACGACAUGCAGAAACCGAAUUCGCAGCCCAUGCGGUAGGAGCUUGGAGGCGGGCAGAGCCCGAGGCGCCCAAUGGCUAUACGCCAGCAACAGUCGAUUGCCCGUCAACGCGGCCCAGCAUUCGAGUAGCCUCCGGACUCUCGGACCAGGAAACGUCAUGGCUGCAGAAGAGGAGGCCCAACACGGCAGACCCGAUGCGCGAGCUGCUGACUCGGCUGAACAUCACGGGAUUUGACGCCGGCUCGUACAUCGACAACAACCGCGACAAUGCGACGGCGCUGCCAAACAUUGCCAUUGCCUUCUCCGGGGGUGGUUAUCGGGCCAUGACGAACGGCGGCGGUGCCCUCGCCGCAUUCGAUAGCCGCACACCGAAUUCGACCAACACCGGACAGCUCGGCGGCCUGCUGCAGUCGGCCACCUACAUUGCCGGAUUGUCUGGCGGCGGAUGGCUUGUUGGAAGUAUAUUUGUCAACAACUAUACUUCGGUGCAGACCAUCAUCGAUCAAAACCAGGACGGCGCCGUCUGGCAGCUUGACAGAUCCAUCCUGGAAGGGCCCAAGCAGGGAGGCAUACAAAUCCUCAACACCGCCGACUACUAUAGCAAUCUUGUAGACUCCGUUACGGGCAAAGCGGAUGCGCCCGGUCCGUUUGAUGUCUCACUUACCGAUUACUGGGGCCGCGCUCUGUCCUUCCAGCUUGUCAACGCAACUGACGGCGGCCCGGGAUUCACUUGGUCCUCGAUCCAGGACGACGACAACUUCAAGAACGCCAAUACGCCGUUGCCAUUCCUCGUUGCCGUUGAGCGCGCACCAGGAGAGAAGAUCAUUUCUCUAAACGCUACAGAUAUCGAAUUUAAUCCUUGGGAAAUGGGAAGCUAUGACCCGACAUUGUAUGGCUUCGCGCCCCUGCGCUACAUUGGCUCCAACUUCUCCAAUGGCGAGCUUCCUCAGGAUCAAGGCUGCGUAGCUGGCUUUGAUAAUGUAGGCUUCGUCAUGGGUACCAGCUCGUCUCUCUUCAACCAGAUCAUCCUGAAUCUGAAUACCUUUACCGGCGUUCCCGAUAUCCUUAGGGGCGCGCUUCAGAGCAUUCUGGAUGCCAUUGGCCAGGACAAUGACGAUAUCGCCGACUAUACGCCCAAUCCCUUCUACGGUUUCCACAAUGACACGAACCCAAGCGCCCAAACUGAGCGUCUAACCCUCGUAGACGGUGGGGAGGAUCUGCAGAACAUCCCCUUGAACCCGCUCAUUCAACCCGAACGCGCUGUAGAUGUCGUCUUCGCCAUCGACUCUUCGGCCGAUAUCAUAGAGCCAACGGACUCAGCACAGAACUGGCCCAACGGUACCUCUCUGGUCGCGACGUACGAGCGCACUUCAAACGAGACCAUGCAGAAUGGAACUGCGUUUCCUUAUAUUCCGGACACGAACACCUUCGUUAACUUAGGACUCAACAACCGCCCAACUUUCUUCGGCUGCGAUGCCAAUAAUCUCACUGGCAACGGCAUCGCCCCGUUGAUUGUCUACCUCCCCAACGCUCCGUAUGUCUAUAACUCCAACACCUCCACCUACCAGAUGGAAUACAACAACACCGAGCGCAACGCCAUGAUCCAAAACGGCUACAACGUUGCCACGCAGGGCAACGGUACCCGCAAUUCCGACUGGCCCACAUGCGUCGGGUGCGCCAUUAUCUCGCGCAGCCUCCAGCGUAACGGUGAGGACGUGCCCGACGUGUGCCAACAGUGCUUCACCAAGUACUGCUGGAACGGCACCCUAGCAUCGCAGGACCCACCUCCCUACUUCCCGGAGAUGAUUCUCAGCCCGAUUGAUGUGAAAAGUGGUGCUGCCAGUCUUAUUCCCAGCUGGUUGGGCAUGGGUAUUACAGUGGCACUGCUUGGGUUCUUCGCCAUCUGAUGAGCCAUAUUGGAUAUUUGAUGAUAAUCUGGGACUUGGAAAUUUCUUCUUCAUUUAGAUACCCUCACUUGAAUGGAUGGCUGGAGGCGUACGAGGGAGAUGUAUGCAUAUACGGGCGCCUUUUUCACGGACUAAAACAUGGCGGUCUU